GCAACUUCCAACUGCUUUUUCUUCUACAUUUUGUAAACUAAACACUCGAGUAAAUGAGAAUGUAUUUGCUCGAUACGUCAGUAAUGUAAGGCAAAAUCUGAGCUAUGACACCAUCUUAGAGAGACUUUUUCCUUUCUUUACUUUUUACUAAAAUAACAACUGAUAGAUGUACCUAAUUAUGCAAAAUGUAAAUGUAAUUAUUAUCGGGGUUUUAUUUUGAAACAGGAAGUGGUAUUUUUACUCCGACGCUAGCUUGAUGCCCGCCGCUCCGCGCCGUUAAGCCGCUCACGGUGAUAAGUAGCGGACAGGUCAGACGCAGUCGGGUCCCAGUUCGUCAUUCCUCGGCGUGCACCGACGCUCGGCGGACGCGGACAGGACAGCGGGGUCCGUCUCUUUUACGAACACCGAGGUCGCCUCUAAAUGCGCGCUCAGUCGUGAUAAAUCAGACAAGAUGAUGAUCUCCCCGUGGGACCGCUGGUACUCCACAAGCUGCUGUCUGUGCUGCCAUGUCCGCACAGGAACCAUCAUCCUGGGGGUCUGGUACAUGCUCAUCAAUGCCGUGGUGUUACUCAUCCUGCUCACAGCGCUCAGCGAUCCUGAGCAGUACCACCUGACCAGUGCUGAGUUGGCCAAUGACCUGGAUGUCAUGGAUGACGCCAACAUGUGCAUUGCCUCAGCCAUCUCUCUGCUGAUGAUACUCAUUUGUGGGAUGGCAACAUAUGGUGCAUACAAGCUGCGUGCCGCUUGGAUCAUCCCGUUCUUCUGCUACCAAAUAUUUGACUUUGCUCUCAACACCCUGGUUGCUGUCAGCAUUGUGGUUUACCCAAACACCAUCCAGGAUUACCUGCAGCAACUGCCUGAUAACUUCCCCUACAAAGAGGAGAUUGCCGCCCUCAGCAACGUGUGCCUGGUCCUCAUCGUGCUGCUCUUCAUCGGCUGUAUUCUCAGCUUCAAGGCCUACCUGAUAGCAUGUGUGUGGAACUGCUACAGAUAUGUGACCGGCCGCGGCUCCUCUGAAAUCCUGCUCUAUGUCACGACCAAUGACACCACAGCUUCCUCUGCUCGGGCCAGUCUGGCAGCUGAAAAGUCAUCAUGUUGGGGGAGGAAGGAAGUAUAAAGUGGGGCUGUAGUAGCAGGUGCUGCUACCUCCGUAUGACGACAGUGUCAGCGUCCCGCCCAAGCAGGCUCCUCCCCCUUACACCACCGCUACAGCAUGAAAACAUUCCCGGCAUCCUGCUGACUGGACCCUGCUGUUGAUGAAACCCCAGUGAAAAAUGAAUGCACCACACUGCCUCUCCGGUGUACAGUAUAUUCAUAGAUAUAUUGUUGCUACACACACACACGUAACAGUACAGCCAUGCAUGCCCUGACACGAAAUCAUCGCACACGCGCAUACACACAACUCCACCACCACCGUGACCUCUCAUCCCUUUCUGUUAUUUAUUUAUUUAUAUGAUUGAUGCUGUAACUCUUCCGUGUAUCCAUUCUGUUUCUGUCAGUGUUAUACCAGAAGUGAUGCGCAUUUGUAUGCAUUUGAACCUGGAUGGAAAAAGGCACUAGAAAGUUUGAUAGAUGAUUCUAUAUAUUUCUACUUAUGCUGUGUGUGUGUACCUGUAACAGUAUUUUACGUGUCCUACCUUUAAUAGACAUAUUUAACUUGUGCACUAAUGCAAAAACAAGGAUCUUAUUGCCCAGAGUAACGCAUGAAGAUCAUGUGUUUCCCGUCUGUCUCGUCUCUGCUCGUGAUCAGGGUCGGAUUGCCUUUAUUCGUAACUUUCUCUCCGAUGGGGUGUGCUUUCUGUAGAUCCAUGUGUGAGGUCUCACCUUGACUGGAAGUUUUUUUCCAAAGAACUGCAUCUGCCUGUAUUCUGACAUGAUCAAAGAGCAACCUAGUGUAUAUCGAACAUAUCACCCUCUUUUACUGUUUUAUUCAACUGCAGACAGAGUUGUCUUGUGUUACAAAAAAUCACGAGUGUUGAGUUGUGCUGGUUGACCUUCAUAACUUUUAAAUGUUAUUGUGUGUUUCUACUGAUUGACGAGAAAUGUCUCGGGCUGAUGUUUAUCUAUUUUGACAGCGCAGAAGUAGCACUGAUCUGGAAUCAGUUUGCUCUUUCAAGUCUUUGUGAAUGAGUUACUCGAGGGAACCUGGUGCAGUGACUCUAGAUUGGGCCUCUCUACAAAGGAUCUGCAGGAUCUCAAUAAAUGUGGAACCCGGUUGUGUUUUCUCUAUCAAGCCAAUGGGAGCUCCUGGUCUGCGUAAACACACAAGUCUGUUCCACCAGAUGCAGUUAUUGGCAGGCUGCUCCCUGGACCCAAAAUGUCCUGCAAGGACACAAAACUCAAACACUAAGACUGCUGCUGUAUGAAGAAUAAAGAUGUGACAUUUAUUUGUCUAUUAAAAUCUGAUUUCACUGACAGA